AUGGGUAGUCUUGGAGAUACCCUGCCUUCGCCGAAGAAGUACAACACCGAGCUCACGGACUACUCGGUCAAGCAUGGAGACAAACCCGGUCCAUAUGCAGAGAACCUCGAGGUCGAUGCCCUGGUCGUCGGUGCAGGGUUUGCCGGCAUAUUCAUGCUCAAGACUCUACGCGACCGCGGCCUCAAAACUGUGAUAUUCGAAGCCGGCAACGACACCGGCGGCACCUGGCGCUGGAACUGCUACCCCGGGGCAGGCGUGGACUCGGAAGUGCCCGAGUACGAGUUCAGCUGGCCGGAGGUGUACAAUACGUGGAACUGGCCGAAUAAUUACCCCAACUACCAGAACCUACGGGAUUACUUUGACCAUGUCGAUAAGGUGAUCGGGGUCAAGAAGGACUGUGCGUUUAACACCGUUGUCGUUGGCGCGCAGUUUGAUACGGCCGCUGGAAGAUGGAAUGUCAAUACGGCUGAUGGGAGGGUUACGAAGGCUAAGUAUCUUGUUCUGGGGACUGGAUUCGCCGCGAAACGAUAUAUCCCCCCCUGGCCCGGCAUGGACAAAUUCAAGGGAACAGUACACCACUCCUCCUUCUGGCCGGACACCGAAGUCCCCGUGUCUAACAAACGCUGCGCAAUCAUCGGCACUGGCGCAUCUGGCGUUCAAAUCACCCAAGCCUGGGGCCCAGUCGCGGGAGACCUUAAAGUCUUCCAACGCACACCCAACCUCGCCGUCCCCAUGCGCAAGCGCGAUCUCACAGUCGAAGAGCAAGAACGCAUUAAGCCGUACUACCCCGAGCUGUUCCGGUACCGUGAGACCAGUUUCGCCGGGUUCAUGUACGACUGGUACGAGAAGAAUACCUUCGACGACUCGCCUGAGGAGCGAGAAGCGUUCUACGAAUCUGUCUGGAAGGACUGCGGGUUCCGGUACUGGGUUGCCGUGUACAAGGAUAACCUGUUCAAUCCGGAUGCGAAUAAGGAGUCAUACAGGUUCUGGGCGAAGAAGACGAGGGCCAGGAUUGGGGAUCCGAAACUGCGUGAGCAGCUGGCGCCCUGGGAGAUGCCGCAUUAUUUUGGCAUUAAGCGGCCUUGUUUGGAGCUGAACUACUAUGAGCAGUUUAAUCGGGAGAAUGUGCAUUUGGUGAAUAUCAAGGAUAAUCCAAUUAAGGAGUUCACCGAGACGGGGAUUUUGUUGGAGAAUGGCGAGCACCAUGAGCUAGAUGUUGUUGCUGUUGCGACGGGUUUUAUGGAACUGACUUAUCAGGACGUCGUCACCGGGGUAAUGACCCAGCUCGGUCUGAAGAGCAUCGACGGCGCCGAGCUCGAGAAGGAAUGGAUCCCAGGCGCAAAGACAUACCUGGGCACCAGUGUCAGUGGCUAUCCCAACAUGUUCCACAUCUACGGUCCGCACGGCCCGACUCUGCUCAGUAACGGUCCUACAUCAGUUGCUGUGCAGGGCCGCUGGAUUGCCGACGCGAUUGCCAAGAUGGAGGCCAACGGGGUCAAGUAUAUCAACCCUAAGCUCGAGGCUGCGGAUAAGUGGAAGAAGCACGUUGUGGAGCUGAAUGACCGUACGUUGUUCCCGACGACGAGGUCGACGUAUAUGGGUGGGAGCAUUCCAGGGAAGGUGUAUGAGCCAGUGUGCUAUUCUGGUGGCAUUCCGGCGUAUGCGAUUGAGAUUCGGAAGGCGCUGGAUAACUGGGAGGAGGGAUUCGAUGUUGUCAAGGAUUGA